AUGUGCGAGUAUAUAGCACAGUCGUACAUCAUGCUGCUCACCGUCUGUCUCCUGCUGUCUGUCUUCUCUCUGUUCGGAGGAUUAGAGAGUGGUAUUGUUGGAGGCAAAGAGGUUAAACCCCAUUCCAGACCAAACAUGGCAUCUCUCCAGUAUAGAAGACAACAUAAGUGUGGAGGGAUGCUGAUUAGUGAUGAUUAUGUGCUGACAUCGGCUCACUGUUUGGACAAGACCACCAACUUCUUAGAAGUUGUUCUGGGAGCUCACAAUAUUAGCCAGAACGAGGACAGCCAGCAGAUUAUCCAAGUAGACAAGUACAUCAGAAAUCCUAAGUAUGAAAAUGAUGGCUUGACCUAUGAUAUCAUGUUACUAAAGAUGAAGACCAAAGCUGUGCGAAAUGAGUUUGUGGAUGUUAUUGAGCUACCUAAGAACAAUGAGGAUAUUCCUGCCCAUGUGGAAUGCUCCAUUGCUGGCUGGGGCAUGAAAAAACCCGGAGGAAGAGCAUCAGAUGUUCUGUGGGAAGUCAGCCUCAAACUACAGUUCAGCUUUGAAUGCAAAAACAAGUGGAAACACCAUUUCAACUCUGAGAAAAUGAUCUGUAGUGUCUCGGAUGGGAAAAGGGCGUUCUGUCAGGGUGAUUCUGGCAGUCCUCUUUUUUGUGACUCUGAACUUAAAGGAAUGGCUGCAUACACAUAUCCUUAUGACUGUACAUACAAGAAAUACCCUGAAGUCUAUAUGAAAAUAUCUGCCUUCCUCCCGUGGAUUAAGAAAAACAUUAAGUGAUUGAAAUAGCAUCAUCUAUGCACAUAAAUGAUCUAUCAUGUGUUUAAGCCUAAAAAGCUCUUUUACUAAUUCUUGCCU